GUUUUUUGUGGGUGCAAAGGGCAUUUGUGGAUCAGCAAACCUUUCCACAAACACCUCUUUUCCAAACAACCAAACGUCAGAGACCACAACGUACUUUCAACUCUUUGGUUGGUUUCUGCAGCAAGCUUUCCAUUCCAAGUACCAAGUUUCCCACUCUCUCUCUCUCUGGUCGCUUCGUUCCCUGUGAACUUUCUUUCUCCCCUCUCUUCUAUUGCGACGUACAGCUCUUUGUGGUUUGGAUCGCAUGUACUUCAGUCCAAGCCUUAGAAGCAGAGGAAGAGAUGGAAUCCGAAGGAGGAGAAACAUGUCCUACGCCUCUGAUUCCUUCUUCUUCUUCUUCUUCUUCUUCUUCUGCUGUUUCAUCUGAGGAGAGUAGGAACAAAGCGGAGGUGAAGUUGACGGGAAAGUUGGAGCAAGAAGAAGAAGUAAACCAAAGCAAAGGUGAUGAUGGCGCUGCUGCUGCUGCAAAUGACGAUGACGAAGGUUACCACACGCCGACAUCUCCAAGACAUAGAAUUCCGGUGCCACUCGAGUGCCCGCCGGCCCCAAGGAAGCCUUCUUCCAUGCUGUGCUCGAAGCGGAAGGUGAAGAGCAGUCGAACUCAGGGCCAAGCGGGUGGUGGCCUCGGCGACUUGAGCCUGCAGGUGUUCGAGGAAAUUGCUCCGGUGGCUAAGAAGGCUAGAGGAGACGCUGCCACCACAGAGCGAUGAUGAUGCUAUGUUACAUAUCCAAGAUAUAUAUAUAUAUAUACAUACAAGAUGAACCCUACAAGCAUCUUUUUUCCUCUCUUUUCUUUCUUGGAUUAGAUUUCUGGAUGAUGAACAAGGAUCAUUCAAUUCUCUUCUACUC